CUUAAAAUUUGCAUAUAUAUGUCAUGUCGGCCGUCGAGUAUAACACGGAUAAUUGUAAUGACGCAGAAUUAAAUCAUUUUGGGUGGAAAAGCAACGGAAGUAGGGUGGGUCGUUCGUCAACGAGCUGGUUAAAAACAGCAAGGAGUCGAAUCACCAUUAUUUCGUACUGAGUCUGCAAAAAUAAUAGAAACAAUCACAUCACUUAAGGCAUGCUUUGAUUAUUUUUACACCAUUUAAAAAUAAUUACAAGGUAAUAAAUGCCUGUGAGAUGCUUUCAUCAAAAUAACACAAAGAUCAUGAAUUAUAGCACACUUAUUUAUUUAUUCUUUAGACUUAGAUUUCAGUACAUUUAUGCAUACGUAACCGUGUUUGUUUUGUUGUCAAACUAGUUCGGCAGCUCUCUCCUGGGUCAUUUGUCAUUUUUAAACCCCAGCAGACUUUUAGUUACAGCUGACCAAGUAAUUGAGCAAUAAGACCAGCUGACUUAAAAUCAAAGUAACAAAGUAGAUUACACAAAUAAAAAAGCCAGAAUGGACCUCUAUAACGAACAAAGCAGUUGGAAUGGGAGGGGACUUUUCUUUUUACGCUGCUGUGCGCACGACGGUGCACUUCACACUGUUUACAUGAAGGGGGCAGCAUCACGGGCCAACUAUUAGCCGAGGCUAUCAAAGCCUUGCAAAAAAAAAAAAAAAGAAAUCAGCGCUCUCUCCAAGGAAACAAAACAAUAUAGAAUCUGGUUUACGGCGUGCCUCAAGCCCGGAGCCUUCCUCCAAACGACUACGCGCUUUCCCGUGGAAUGAGCAUUCCAUGCAGCAUCCUAGGUAUGAAUGACGUGGCCUGGCAGGAGACGAGAGGUGGGAUGCUGCAUGCAAAUGGAACUCCUGAUGCCGGAGUUGUCAGGGUCCACAGCGGAGGGCCCCUCGCCGCAGUGGCUGGCCAGGCUUCAGGAGGCCCCCACUUACAAGGCAUGGACAGGGCAGGCAACCCCACGCCGGGAACGCCGCAGCCGCCGCUGAGCGGUCGUUCGCAGGACGACGCUAUGGUCGGAUACUUCUUCCAGAGGCAGCCCGGGGAACAGCUGGGGGGUUGCGCGCCGAGCAAGCACCGCUGGCCUACCGGGGACCCCAAUCACGUUGAUCAGGUCCGCGCUGUGGAUGAAAUGAACUACGACUUUCAAGCUCUUGCUUUGGAGUCCAGAGGAAUGGGAGAGCUUUUGCCAGCCAAAAAGCUGUGGGAUUCCGAUGAACUGGCGAAGGAUGGAAGAAAAGGAAUGCUUCUUGGAGAGGAGUGGAGGGAUAAUGCAUGGGGCUCAUCACACCACUCAGUCUCCCAGCCAAUCAUGGUCCAGCGACGACCGGGUCAGGGUUUCCACGGCAACGGCGAUGCCAAUUCCGUGCUGUCGCCUCGCUCGGAGGGCGGCGGUUUGGGUGUGAGCAUGGUGGAGUACGUCCUGAGCUCGUCUCCUGGCGACAAGAUGGACGCCCGGUACAGGAACGGCGGCUAUGGCGGAGGCGAUACGGACCAGGACGGGAGAGAGAAGAACGAUGGCACUGAGAAAGUUUCUCCUUUUGAGGAAGACAAGAGCCCAGAGUUGAAAGUGGGGGAUGACGGAGAUGCCACAAAAGCCAACGGAAGGAGUUUACUAAAUGGCAUGGACAGAGACUGCAAAGACUUCAAUCCAACUCCAGGAAGCCGUCAAGCUUCUCCAACUGAGGCUGUGGAGAGGAUGGGCCCGAACCAGGCGGGACUGGAGAUGAUGGCCCAGCACCAUGUCCACGCCCACGUUCACGCACACAACCUUGCUCAUGCGCUGCAACAACAGAACCACAACAAGGGCCCGGUGGAGGACUUUCAGAACCAAGAAGCCCAAAACAUGGGUGGUAUGGAGCAACAAGCCGGCGUGGAGUCCCUCCAGUUUGAAUAUGCCGGGAACCAGAUUCAGGUGGAUUCCUCUGGAACGCCAGUGGGGUUGUUUGACUACAACUCUCAGCAGCAGUUGUUCCAGCGGUCAAAUCCCCUCACUGUUCAGCAGCUCACAGCUGCCCAGCAGCAACAGUACGCUCUGGCGGCGGCUCAACAGCAGCACCUUGCUGGCCUCGCUCCUGCAUUUGUGCCAAACCCUUACAUCAUCAACGCCGGACCCCCCGGAACCGAUCCGUACACCGCAGCAGGCUUGGCGGCGGCGGCUACUCUUGCAGGGCCCACGGUGGUUCCACCGCAGUACUAUGGUGUUCCUUGGGGUGUGUACCCAGCCAAUCUUUUUCAGCAACAGGCCGCAUCCACUGCCAAUCACUCUGCUAAUCAGCAAGCAUCCAAUCAGGGACCAGGGCCAGGCCAACCUCAGCAGGUAAUGCGCACAGGUAACAACCAGCGUCCGCUCACGCCCGGGCAAGGUCAACAAAGCCAGCAGGAAUCUUUGGCGGCGGCGGCUGCCGCCGCAAACCCCGCACUGGCCUACGCGGGAAUGUCCGGUUAUCAGGUGUUGGCCCCUGCAGCUUACUACGAUCAGACCGGGGCCCUGGUCAUGGGCCCUGGUGCUCGGACCGGACUUGGAGGACCGGUUCGUUUAGUGCAGACUCCUCUGCUCAUCAAUCCUGCAGCAGCGCAGGCUGCAGCUGCAGCGUCUGCGUCAGGUUCUGGGAACAACAUGUCGGGCCCUCCGGCAAACGGCAUGUACCGCUCCAUGCCUCAACCCCAACCUCAGCAGCAACAGGCCCCCCAGCAGAACAGCGGCCUGCAAUCGAGCUCCUUCUCCUUCUCUGUUCCCAACACCUCUCAGAGCAGCUCGCUUUUCUCGCAUACGUCCGCUCCGCCCCCGCCGCAGAGCUCUUCGCUGGGCUUCAGCAGCACCGGCAGCUCCCUGGGCGUCGGUCUGGCGUCCGCUCUCGGAGGAUUCGGCUCUUCGGUGCCGAGCUCUACAAGUAGCAGCGUGUCUCGCAGGGACUCCCUGUUGACAAGCUCUGAGCUUUACAAGCGCGGCGGCAGCAGCAGUUUAACUCCCAUCGGCCAGCCCUUUUACAACAGCCUGGGUUACUCCUCCUCACCCAGCCCCAUCGGACUCACCCCCGGCCACUCCCCUCUCACUCCCCCACCUUCUCUGCCCUCCUCUCACGGGUCCUCCUCCAGCCUUCACCUCGGUGGCUUGACAAAUGGCAGCGGGCGUUACAUCUCCGCAGCACCCGGAGCCGAGGCCAAGUACCGCAGCGCCGGCGGGACCACCAGCCUGUUCAAUUCCAGCAGCCAGCUCUUCCCGCCGGCUCGGCCCCGCUACAGCCGCUCGGACGUGAUGCCGUCCGGCCGCAGCCGCCUCCUGGAAGACUUUAGGAACAACCGCUUCCCCAACCUUCAGCUCCGAGACCUGCCUGGACACAUGGUGGAGUUCUCUCAAGACCAACAUGGAUCCAGAUUCAUCCAGCAGAAGCUGGAGCGGGCCAGUCCCGCUGAGAGACAGAUGGUUUUCGGAGAGAUUCUCCAAGCCGCGUACCAGCUGAUGACAGAUGUGUUUGGCAACUACGUCAUCCAGAAGUUCUUCGAGUUUGGUAGCGCUGACCAGAAGCUGGCUUUGGCCACUCGCAUCCGCGGCCAUGUCCUCCCGCUGGCCUUACAGAUGUACGGCUGCAGGGUGAUUCAAAAAGCCCUGGAGUCCAUUUCUUCUGACCAGCAGGUAAUUAGCGACAUUGUUCGUGAGCUGGAUGGCCAUGUUUUAAAGUGCGUGAAGGACCAGAAUGGAAACCAUGUGGUGCAGAAGUGCAUUGAGUGUGUGCAGCCUCAAGCGCUACAGUUCAUUAUCGAUGCCUUCCAAGGCCAGGUUUUCGUCCUCUCCACGCACCCCUACGGCUGUAGAGUCAUCCAACGGAUUUUGGAGCACUGCACCCAGGAGCAGACUUUGCCAAUACUGGAAGAGCUGCAUCAGCACUCGGAGCAGCUGGGUCAGAAAUAUCAAGGCGUAUCAUUGGAGAUGACACCCAAAACAUAUUAUACAGUGUCCCGUGAUGCACUGUUCAAGGAUCAGUACGGCAACUACGUAAUUCAGCAUGUUUUGGAGCACGGGAGACCGGAAGACAAGAGCAAGAUUGUUGCAGAAGUGCGUGGGAAAGUCCUUCUACUCAGCCAACAUAAAUUUGCAAGCAACGUGGUGGAGAAGUGCGUGAUCCACUCCUCACGUGCCGAGAGAGCUCUUCUGAUCGACGAGGUGUGCUGCCAGAAGGACGGCCCCCACAGCGCCCUGUACACGAUGAUGAAGGACCAGUACGCCAACUACGUUGUCCAAAGAAUGAUCGACAUGGCUGAACCUGCUCAGCGCAAAAUCAUCAUGCACAAGAUCCGGCCUCACAUUGCCACCUUACGCAAGUACACCUAUGGGAAACACAUUCUGGCCAAGCUGGAAAAGUACUACAUGAAGAGCGGGUCGGAGUUGGGUCCCAUCGGUGGCCCCGCAAACGGCCUCAUGUAGUCAAAUCCGCCAUCUUGGAUUCCCCCAUAAAAAGAGGCAAAUGUUCUCAGCAUGUUUAAAUUUUUCUCUCAAUUCUUUUUUCCCGUGGGGCAAUUACCCAAAAAACAAAAAAGUUAAUUUCACCCUAAAAUGAAUGCUGUGACAGCUAACACGUGGUGAGGUCCCAGGCUUAUUUUGUUGGGUAAAGCACAAGGCCAUUGUUAAUUAUGUAAUUGAUCUAUUUCAUAUUGUACUUUUUUUUUUUUUUACCUUGUAAAUUCUUUGUAGAAAGAGAAACACAUUUGCUGAAACUUAACAUUCACACCAGCAAGUGACCUAUCAAUCGCUGAAACGGAGUGGCAGAAAUUCCAUUUACUUUCAAAAGCGACUCGUCUAAGCCCAGGAAUAUUUACGUAGGACCCCACGUGGAGUUGAUUUCCCCACACAGUGUCCCCAUGCCAAAGCAACUGAUUUCAAACAGCAUGGCACAGACUAAAUGUCACAAACGCCUCUGUCCACAGGUCUGUGCUAUGCGUGAGGUGCCACGGGUCUUUUGAGCGAGACCUUUUUGCUUGCUUGAAACGGGGGAACAAAUCAGUGGUAGUGUUUUUAAACGGGGCCUUUUUCCUGCCUUGUCCUCCCCGGCCCCUUUUGCAUCCUUUCCUCCUCCCUCGCCAGCAAGAGCGAUGGAAGUUGACCUUGUCGGUCAGCUGCUCAAAAGUCUUGAGUUGUUUUGGUACCCAAAGAGAGACUGGCUGAGCCCAAAGAGGCUCCCCCACUUCCAUUUGUCACACGAUGUAACAGGUACUAACAAAAAAAAAAAAAAGGUAUUAAGUUAUACAGCGACGAUUUAAUGAUGUGGUGAGAGGCAUUGGCGGCAUGCUGUGGUAGGUUGAACUAUAAUGAUGAUUUUUUUUUUUUUUUUGCCCCUCUUGAUCCUUUUUAGUGUCUUUAAGUAAGAAAUGAACACUGCUCUGAGCUAAUUUUACGUACUAAAUAAUCUCUUGCUUAAAAAGUAGUUUAGUGUAGCAUCUUUUUGUGUGAUUCUUAAUUGUUGCUUUCCGGUCGCUGUGAUUGACUUAAGCCCCCUCCUCAACUCAUCCACCACCUAAGAAUAGUCGAAAUUGUAAAGGGGAGCUUUAUCCCAGCAUUGUACAUGAGAUGGAAUUAUUACUGGGGACUCGGAAGAAGGGAUUUAUAAGUCAGAUUUUUAAAUCUCCAACGUUUGUAUUUUUCAACUCUUUUGAUUGGAUGCCGGUGGGGCCAUCUAAACCUAUACAACUGUCCUGUAAUACUUGUAGUGAUGGCUUCUUUGAAUUGUAGAAUAUAUGUAGUAUAUGUGCAGUCAGUAAUUGUAAGAUUAUUAUUAUUAUUAUCCUUAUUAUUAUUAGCCUCAGUGAGAAAAAUGUCUAGUGGUGUUUGACAGGCCUUGCAAACUUGUAGUGAUGCUUUUAUUCCCUCUGUACAGUUGUACAUUUGUAACUGUUUAUGCUGUAAAUGGGAUGUCUUCUACAUUUUAGUGGGGAGGAAAAAGGCAAAAAGUGUGCAUUUUGACGUGUGUGUAUAUUCAUCACUCCUUUCGCCCCGUUGAAUUUUAUGUAUACAGUUUUAUCUGAGCAAGUGUUAUUUGAAAGAGAAAAAAAUCAUUUUUAAGGCUUCACAAUCUGGCGUGUAAUUUUCUUUUUAAUCUCCUAUGGGAAAAGGCCAGCCUCUUAUUUGUACUGGAGCUGCUGUAACAUCCACUGUCGAUAGUCUUUCUGAUGUGUGACACUUUUCAAAGAAAAUACGGAUUUUAAAAACAAAAAAAAUCCUCAAAAUCAGAGGCUGCCUUUUAAUUGUCUGCUGACCUCACAGGAUAUGACAAAUAUUUUUGUACAGAAAAGGCUGUAUUUUGGAACGGCUACUACCUUGUAAGCAAAAAACAUUGUAAAAUAUUGUCAAUUAUAUAAAUAUGAACAUAUGAGUUUUGUCACACUGUCAAAGUCAUGUACAUUUUCAGGUGGCCUUAUGUACAUUUCCAGCUGUUAGAUGAAGAAAACAAACUCAUUUUUGGAGGCAGAAUUGUGACUAUGUAUGAUUAAACUGUUCUUCUAACAUUU